AGAAAAUCCACCAUGCGUUGAUGUAACCAACAUUACCUCUAUCGCUUCUGGAUUUCUUUCGGAGCUUGGAUAACUAGAAAAAGUUUGAGCAAUCUAGGAAAAUGGAUCUCGGAAGCAGUACAGUCCAUGCAGCCACGACCCUCCACCCAGCAAUUUCAAAUCCAAUCAACAUUAGCUAAAAUCAUGUUACUCGGUGGGUUAAAUUUGUGCCUUAUUUGUGCACUUAUAUGGGCUACCGAUGCACAAAAAGAAUACAGACUUCCACAGAAUAUUUACCCCGAGUCUUACUUCAUUAAUCUAACUAUUGAUGCUGAUGCUUUUACCGCAAACAAUGAUGAUUUUAAAGGAGAAGUUGGUAUUGUUAUAGUCGUAAAAGAAGCAACAAAUAAUAUAUCAAUACACAAAAGUGACACAUUAAGUAUAACGAAAAUAUUAUUUGAUUCCGCAGAAAUAAAAAUUACAGAAACAACUUUCUACAACGAAACAACCCAAAUAUUGAAUAUAACCAUUCCGGAUAACUUAAACGUAAAUGAUAGACACAUAUUGAAUAUAACUUAUGAUGGAAAAUUUACUUCUGACAUGUUGGGGUUUUAUAAGAGCAGCUAUGAAGAUCGCGGUAAAACUAAGUAUUUGUUAACCACGCAAUUUCAAGCUACAUUUGCUAGAAGAGCGUUUCCAUGCUUUGAUGAACCUGAAUUUAAGUCAGUUUUUAAUUUAACUGUUACCCAUCCAAAUACGACAACUGUUUUAAGCAACACAGAUGUUAAUAAAACAAUUGCCAAUGGAUUUAAAAAUACCACAACAUUCAAUUCUACUCCAAAAAUGUCAUCUUACUUAGUGGCAUUUAUAAUAUCGGAGUUCAGUUGUAAUAAAUAUGCUGGCCUUCUUUACACAAUGGUGCCUCAAAGAGUUUGUUCUCGUGACGGUGUAAAUCAUACUACUAGAGAAUGGGCUUUAAAUGAAGGCGUGUCAAUAUUAAAUAUGCUUAACCAAUACACAAAAAUAUAUUAUACUGAUUACAAUAACAAAAUGGACCAGGUAGCUAUUCCGGAUUUUACUGCUGGAGCUAUGGAAAACUGGGGUCUAGUAACUUAUAGAGAAAGAUCGUUAUUAUGGAGCGACACAGAUUCGUCAAAUAGGUACAAGCAAACCAUUUCAGCUAUUGUAGCUCACGAAUUUGCCCACAUGUGGUUUGGAAAUUUGGUUACUUCAAGAUGGUGGAAUACCAUUUUUCUUAAUGAAGGAUUUGCUAGAUAUUUCCAAUACAUCCUUACCGGAAUUCUACACAAUGAUUGGCAAAUGGAAAACCAGUUUGUAGUGGAACAAUUGCAACUUGCCAUGGCUGCUGAUGAUAUCCCAACUGCUCAAGCUCUUCAACAAGACGCAUAUACCCCGCCGGCUAUAAGUGCGCGUUUUGGUACAAUUUCGUACUCCAAAGGAGCAUCUGUUUUUAGAAUGGUAUCACAUUUCUUGGGUGGUGAAAUGUUUAAGAAGGGCCUACAAUUUUACUUAAAUGAAAGAAAAUUAAAUUAUACUGAACCCGACAUGCUUUGGAAUUCCUUUAACAUCACCAAUGCCAAUUUGCCAGAUACAAUGACAAAUUUAAUGAAAAAUUGGGUGGAAAAAAAUGGGUUUCCACUUAUUAACGUAAACCGUUCCGAAAAUACUUUAACUUUAACACAGGAGAAAUUUUUACGUCAAGGAAAAAACGUUGAAAGUAAAUGGUAUGUUCCCAUAAGUUACACUUUGGCUAACGACACCUUUAAGUUUGAAAGCACCUUGCCCAGAGCUUGGCUCACUCCAAAUUUGGAUGUAGUGGAAAUUGAUGUUGGAAAUGUGGAUUGGGUAAUUCUUAAUAAUAAAGCAACAGGUUACUAUCGUGUAAACUAUGACCCAGCUCUUUGGGAUCAAAUUACUUUAGCGCUCAAUGCAAAAAAUUUCUCUGGGAUACCAGAAAAUAAUAGAGCUCAAAUCGUAGAUGAUGUAUUUAACUUGGCUAAGAUUGGAAAGUUAUCCUACUCAAUCGCAUUUAAAUAUUUAUCUUUUUUGGAAAAAGACACAUCAUACUUUCCCUGGUAUUCCGCUUUUAGUGGUUUUACUUAUUUGGAAAAAAGGAUUUCCAAGGAAUCUAAACUGGGACAAGCAAUUUCGAAACAUAUUUCUACUUGGAUGAGUGAAAUUUAUGGGACAAUCGGCAUACCGAAUAGUAAUAAUCAAAUCUAUACACACAAAUUAGUUUUGACUAAUUCUUGGGCUUGUAAAUUGGGAAAUGAAGAAUGUUUGGAUGAUAUUUUAAGUCAAUUUAAAGGUUUUAAAAAUUUUAACGCAAGAUUAGAUCCAAACUUACAAGGGAUCGUAUUCUGCAAUGCCCUGCGUUACACUAAUGAUACAGAAGACUGGCAUUUCCUUUGGAAUUUAUACAAAACUACCGAUGUUUCUACAGAGAAAGUUACAUUGUUAGGUGCCCUUGGUUGUACUGAAAAUAAAAAUCUACUGAAAACAUACUUGGAGCAUUCAAUCAAUGAAAAUUCUGGCAUAAAACCCCAAGAUGCUUUAUCAGUGUUUAGUGCGGUACAAACCAGUCAAAUAGGAGUAAAUAUUGCCUUACAAUUUUUAAAAAAUAAUUAUGCCUCUAUUCAAUCAAGUUACAAAAGCUUAAACGCUCUAUCAAACCUCAUCGAACAACUGGCAGAUAAGUUUACCACGAAAGAACAGCUAGAGGAGUUGCAAAACUUUAUCGACGAGCUUAAGAAAAAGCCGGGAGAUUUUACUGAUUUCAUCAGUACAGCAGAAAUUUCUUUGAAAGCAGCAGAGGCAAAUAUACAAUGGGUUGAAAAUUUGGGCGAAUAUUUAUUUAAUUAUUAUAAUAUAAAUGAUAAUGAUGAUAAUAAUAAUAAUAAUAACCCAGGCAGCUCCUCUACUAUUCAUAUGUCAUUUGUAGUUAUUGUACCAGGUCUAGUUUUUUUAUUGUUUAAAUAGUUACCUAAAAUUCAAAUGUGCCAAUUUACUAUUUCUACCUAGUUAUUUUUGAAAAUAAGAAUAAAUAAAUAAUAAAUUUU